UGUACGUCAUGCGCGUUUUGCAAGUGCGGCUUUGACUUUUUGGCGGUAAAUUGACGGGCCGCUUACGAAACUAAAAAAAGAAUAUCAUUGCAAAACAAAACGCCAUUUAUUUUCCAGAAUGAGCAAAGCUGGAGAGAAAAACACACUGAAAAGAAAACACCAAGCACCAUUUAAAUCACCGUUUCAGAAAGAUGCAGCUAGUAGGGUGUCAGAAGGUGAUCAGCAGACUGUUGACCUGGUGAAAGAUAAGUUAAAAAUGGUGGACAAGGAGAUUGAAGACUUGAAGUCACAAGGAAUGGAAGAGGCAGAGUUACAGUUACACAUAGAUAAAUUACACGAGUACAAUGAGAUAAAAGAUGUUGGUCAACUCGUGCUUGGAAGAUUAGCUAAUCUAGAAGGAGUAAGGACAAAGGACUUGUACGAUCAAUAUGGGCUUAACCUGGAGGAUUAAUUGAGGUCAUAUGUCGAUUGCCUUAACCUGAUAUAAGAUAUUGUAUCGGAGAUGGAUAAGAAGUUCAAAGGUCAAGGAAUUAUUCGUUGUUUCUGUGUGGUGACAUCCAGUUGAAGGAAGAUUUGAACAGCAAAAAAGAGAAGGAAGUGAAUUUUGAACUUAUGAUAGUGAUAUGUUGAGUUGCUUGAUGACUGGAGCAAACCUUUGCUGAUUUCAAGGCGGCCGAAACCUUUUAUUUUGUUUGUGAAAGUUGAAGCCGUCUGUGAAAUGAAGUAAUUUAUGUGAUGUCAUAAUUCGCAUACAGUCAAACUUGUGAACAAAGGCCACCUGAGGUGAUAUUGACCAUGAACUUUACAGACAAGGGGCCUUUAUUUGGAGGUUACUAUAUAUAUUUGUUUAAAUCAAUAAAGGGUUGUUGAAGAGUGUACUUCAUUUACAGGGUGAUCUUAAUUCAUAGGUGGUUUUUAACACAGGUUUAACUAUAGACAGAUGAAAAUUUAUUUCUGUUAGGUAAUAGUUGAAAUGAAAUUACAGCUUCUGUUUUGUCUUUUAGCAUGUUGAGGCAACCGGAAUUAAUAACGGGCCUGCUAAAUUUAAAAAAAAUCAAUUUUUUGCACUAUUUCUAGCUGAAAUACAGCCUUCAGAAUAAUGUCCCUUGUCUCACAACUUCACCUUGUCAUGAUAAACAAGUGUUGCUAGUUUGGUAUUGAUAAACCUUGUUAGUUGUUUGAAUAAUUGGUGCUACAUUAAAGUUUUUGCAUUACUAAAAUGAUGACUUUUUCUUCAAAGCAGAUUGGCUUAAAAGAAAAUAGUGCAGAUAAUUAGAUUCUUCUUAAUUCAUCAUGAUAUAAAGGUUACAUUUUUAAAAAGUUUUCUGAACAAUUGGUAGAUAUAUUUAGAUAUACAGCUAGCAUUAACACAAUUCAUUUCAAGAAACCAUUUGUAAAAAUAUUUAAAACUUAAAUGACUUAAGCUGAUUUUUCAUACUUCAAUAAGCAAAACUGUCAAAUUAACUAUAAUCAAGUUAGUUAGUCACUGUAUCAUCACUUUAGUGCAAUAACUGGUUAAAUCUUAUAUUAUUUGGAAGGACUUAACCCGUUACAGCACUAAGUUGAUGGUAUGAUUUCUACAUGCAGCUGAAAUAGAAAAUUUAUUCAUUUACCCUCAAGUUUUUAUUUAACACAUUAUAGAAAUAACAAUUGAAUAAAAUACUUUAAUAU